UGCAAAACACAAGUUCUAAUCCAUUCUUCACGUGCUACACGCUUAUGUAUGUUUCGCAGGUUUCUUGAUGUGAGAUCAUGCUUUGAAACACAUAGUUAUAUUUAGGGACGGUCAUAUUGCCUAUAAACAAUGCACAAUUUAUUUGAUUUUCACCUUAGCUUUAUUAUUAGCUGUUUGCCAGUUAGUGUGCGCGCACGGCUUUUCAUCUUGCUCGUGAACGUGAAAGACAAUGGCGGCAUCACCAGCACAUGAAAAACUAAAGAAAAAAAAAUGCCAUAACAGAUAAAACGGCUGAUUUUUCAUUUGACACCUUGGAUACCAUCACCGAAAGUUUGUCUUGAUUUGGUCUAGUUCUGCUGAGAUAUAUGUAUUUAGUAACAUCAAAUAAUAUUCAACUGAUAGCGUUUAACACAAGCAUGUAAGGGUUUAGUAGUAAUAGACAAGACAGAACAACAGCCUUUAAUUAAACAAUAUAUUCUUGGGACCCACAUUAUAUGAGAUGUGUGGAGGUAUGCGUAGGUGGUAAGAAAUAAUGUAAUGUGAAGUAAUAUAACGAAACCCCAAAUUAUGUUUAAGUAAUUAUAUAGAAGUGCAACACAACGAUUCUGGCAAAAGAUAUUUCUUCGUCCUGCCUUUUAUCUACAGGAUAAUAAUUCCAGGAUGAAGUGUUGUGUCAAAUGUAACAGAUUCAACACUUCAGUCUGGAAUUAUCCUGAAGGUAAAAGGCUGGACGAGGAUAUAUCUUUUGCCAGAGCCGUUGCACUUACAAAUUAAUCGACAGUAACUCUGUAGAGAAUAAUCUCCCUUGUUUCUCUCUCUCUAGUCUUGAUAUGAAUUUUCAAAUCUGUGUUUUCUUUCUGUUUCGCUCUCUGCCUAAUUCUCUUUAACUAAAGAGUUAUCCAUUAUAGUUUUGCUUCCCAAACCUCAGAAGUUAAUAACGAUUCUUUUGUCCAUAUUCUCUGAAUCACUUAUUAAACAGAUUUAAACACUAACCAACACAAAUCAACCAAAUUAUUCAAGCAGUGCAAGUAAUAUCUAUUUGCAAUAUCAAAUGGCAUUGGAUUAAAAGGAUUUUUUACAUCAGCUACAUCGUCAUCAAUGUUUAUCAUCUUUUAGAGACUAAUAGAAGGUGUUAUACAAAAUAGGUAUAACUCAAUUUAUAUGUCUGUUGUAGAAUAACUGUGAAAUAUUUCCUCUGAGUGAGAUUGUUAAUAACAUUUCUCUACUUCACUAUUUGGAAUUUGUACCAAAUGUGUUUACUUUCUAACUAGACUUGGAGAAAUUUUAUAAAGAAGCUUGCAACAUCUUCAGAUAUGGACAAAGAUCACAACUGAUGGAAAUAUAGAUGUAAAACUAUUUGUAAGUACAAAAAACAAGAAAAUGAGCCAUAUCUUGUGGAGGCAAUAAAAUUAUGGAAAACUAAUUUUGAAAGAAACUUAAGGAAUAAACAUUUUUAUUCAAGACCUGCAAAGAACAUGGGAAAAUCAUAUCUCUGUAAUAUCUGUGGUUUAUCAUUCUGUAAAAAUAGUUACUUAACUACUCACAAACGUAUUCAUACAGGAGAAAAGCCGUAUUACUGUGAUAUUUGUGGUAAAUCAUUCUCUCAGUCGGGCAGCUUGACUAAACAUAAGCACAUUCAUGCAAAAGAGAAAGCAUAUCACUGUGAUAUUUGUGGUAAGUCCUUCACUGAAGGAAAUUCCUUAACUACACACAAGCGUAUUCAUACAGGUGAGAAACCCUAUCACUGUAAUAUCUGUGGUAAAUCAUUCUCUAGGAAUGAUUAUUUAACUAACCACACACGUAUUCAUACAGGGGAGAAACCAUAUCGCUGUGAUAUCUGUGGCAAAUCUUUCCCACAAACGUGUCGUUUAUCUACCCACAAGCGUAUUCAUACAGGAGAGAAACCAUAUCACUGUGAUAUCUGUGGCAAAUCAUUCCCACAAACAUGUGGUUUAUCUACCCAUAAACGUAUUCAUACAGGAGAGAAACCAUAUCAUUGUGAUAUCUGUGGUAAAUCAUUCUCUGUAAAUAGUACCUUAACUAAACACAUACGUAUACAUACAGGGGAGAAACCAUAUUGCUGUGAUAUCUGUGAUAAAUCUUUUUCUGAUUACAGUAGCUUAACUGCACAUAGACGCAUUCAUACUGGAGAGAAACCAUAUAAUUGUGAUAUUUGUGGUAAAUCAUUCUCUAGAAAUUAUCACUUAAUUACUCACAAACGCACUCAUACAGGAGCUAAGCCAUAUCAUUGUGAUAUCUGUGGUAAAUCAUUUUCACAAAAUGAGCACUUAAUUUCUCACAAACGUAUUCAUACUGGUGAGAAACCAUAUCAUUGUGAUGUCUGUGGCAAAUCAUUCUCUGGAAGUAAUAAUUUCGCUAACCACAAACGUAUUCAUACAGGACUGAAGCCUUAUCAAUGUAAUAUCUGUGAAAAGUCAUUCUCUGUAAGAAGUAACCUAAUUACUCACAAACGAAUUCAUACUGGAGAGAAACCCUACCACUGUGAUAUCUGUGGUAAAUCAUUCUCUAGAAAAUAUCACUUAACUACUCACGAACGCAUUCACACAGGAGAGAAACCAUAUCACUGCGAUAUCUGUGGCAAGUCAUUCCAUGCAGGAAGUAACUUAACUACUCACAAACGCAUUCACACAGGAGAGAAACCAUAUCAGUGUGAUAUUUGUGGUAAAUCUUUCUCUCAGAGUAGUGAAUCAAAUACUCACAAACGUAUUCAUACAGGAGCAAAACCAUAUCAGUGUGAUAUCUGUGGUAAGUCAUUCUCUCGAAAUGAUCAGUUGGCUGCACACAGACAUAUUCAUAGAGGAGAAAAACCAUAUCACUGCUACAUCUGUAGUAAAUCAUUCUCUCGCAAAAGUCUCUUAUCUACACAUGAAUGUAUUCAUGCAGGAGAAUAAUUGUCAGUGUUAGAAGUCAUUCUAUGAAAAAAUAUCUACUAAAGAUAUUCACACUGGUAGAAUAUAACAAUAUGAUAUUAACCUGCUAACACUAUAUUUUACAUAGCUUCAACUAUAUCUACAUUGGUGAGAUAGUUUACCAUUGUGAUAGUUUAAAUUAAAACACACAAUACUCAUGUUCCCUGAAGUUUGUCAAUACAACCCCCAAUGUGCCUAUGUACCCUUUCCUCUUUGUCCUUUUUUUUUUGUUUUUUACUUUUUCGAGUUGUGCAUUUGAGCCCUGUAUAGAAGAAGCUAAUUAUAAUUUUUUCAUUUUUAUUAUUAUUUCAUUUUUUUUUUGUAUUCCCUCUAACAUUUUCUGAAAAGUAAAAGAUACUAUCGAUUCCUUUAAAGUUGUGGGUAAAUAGUUGAGUAAUGCAUUCUCAUAAAUCAGGGAAAACAUCAAUGUAUAAUGUAAGAAAUAAAAUGCAUAAACCAUAAAAAAAUAUUUCAUUGGACUGCAUUUGGGUA